GAGCACGAUAGUGGCGUAGCAGGCCGCUCUCACGCCGCUAGUGUGUGCAUUCCUGGCGUGUGCGCGCACUAUUUUGUUCAAGUCGCGAUCGAUCGAUCGAGCAGCUGCAUGCACACAAAACGUGUAUGCGUGUGUUUGUGCGCGAAAAUCUAAUUCCAAUUGCAAUUGUUCGGUGCCGAGAACGUUAGUGCAUUUUGUUAAGUGAUCGAUCGCACGUUCCAGUGGGUGUGUGUGAGGGAGCGCACGUUCCAGUAGCCUAGUUCUGGAAGUCGUUGUCAUCGACUGUGUUGGUGGUGGGCUGCUGCUGCUGUAUAAGUGAUCUGAAACGGAAACGACGCCAGAGUUGUGAUGAAUCAAACGGCAACGGCAACGGCGGCAGCAACGGUGGUGCAUUACGACGAGUUGACAUCACCGCCCCUGCUGCACUUCUACGGAGGUGGUGGUGGUGGUGGGGGCGGUGGAGUUGGCAGUACCAACCUGCCGGAUGUAGCAACUUCGAUUGCGGCCGGCAUUGCACAACAGCACCGACUGCUCGGUACCACUGCGUCCGUAGCACCAGUUCCAGCAACUCCAACGUCAGUGGUACCGGCGGUCAUUUCUUACACCGAGACCUCGCCAUCUCAAUCACCAUUGUCAUCAUCAUCGUUGUCAUCUUCGUCCUGUGUCGACGCCGCCGCGCCCAGCCUUUCUGUGUAGCAAUCGUCACCACCACCACCACCACCUCCAUCAAUCUUUCUUGUGCUAUACUCUCUAUCUCUGCACCGUCGUCUCUACCGAGCCAUCAUUAUUCUGAAUGUGUGAUCGUGUGUUCGUGAAUGUUUUGUGAUAUGAGUCGUACAAAAUCACCCAGCAGUCCAUGUGGAGGAGGAGUGGGCGGGGGAGGGGCCGGAGUUGGCCCCAUCUGUCCGCUGCGAAAUGAGGAAUCCGCCAAAUCGUACCCGUCG